AUGGCGGGGAGCUUCCUCCCGGCCCGGCGAGCAGAGACCGCAUCGGCACCGACCUGCGGGAGCGGAGCGCCGUCGGUCAGGACCCGGGAACUGUCCAUCCGCCGCCGAUUGGCGGCCGCCCCGGCCCCCCGAGCGCCCAUUGGCUGCGGGGGGAGGACGGGGCGCUGCACCACCGCGUGCGUCACGGGAGGCAAAGUUCCAAGAAACUUGGGAGGCCGCGCGGAGUGCCGGGGGCGGGGCGGGGGAUCCCGGGGUCUGCUGCUGCGGGACGAGCGGCCUCGCGGGCGGCUCCCGGUCCCCAGGUGUGCCCGACGCAUCCGCGCAGAGCACAGCCCUGCCCGUGGUCGUUGCGGCCCCUUCAGGGACUGCUCUGCGUCGGAGGAGAAGUGCGACGCGCGCCCUGACGCAGCCUGCAGUGACAACCCGAUAUCCCGGCACGGUUUCAGAGUUACGAUGGCGAUAUCAAAAGGACAUACGAGCAAGCAGUGGUAUUUUCCUUUUUGCCUGCCUUCCCCCCCACACACCUGCCCUCUGAACAGAUGCUGUUGAGAUUUUCCUUUGUAAGUAUCCGAAGGGUCUGGGCCAGGUCUGGCUCUCUGCUGCGUGAGCACCAGGCAGCAGGCGCUCAGCAUGGAACUGCAGGAGGGAGGAGAUGCUGCUGCGGCAUGGGGAUGCUGCGGGGCGUGGGGCAGCUGCAGUGAGCCAUGGAGCUGUGCCUGGAGAGGUGGGUGUUCGCCGGGAGUGCGCCGAUAGAUCCCCAGCCGCUGCACAUCAGUACAAAGGCAGUGAUGUCCGUGGAGGCGGUAUGCCUGCGGAUGGUGUCGUCCUGUGAAGUUGCUCGUCACAUGGGUUUUCCAUAAGGAGACGUGAGAUGAAGGAAGGCUACGCUGUUUAAAUAAAUAAGUAAUAAGGUUUUAUAGCCUCUACUCUCUCGCUUUUGCCAGUGUUAGAAUAGGCUCAGGUUGCCACUGAGUGUGGGUGUGUAUCCACUCUGCGCAACGCGAGUGACUGGGAUAUUUACUGAAUGGCAGAUUAGCCACAUUUCUCAUUUUAAUUGGCACUGAAUGGGAGAAAAAAGUCAGUUUCUUUUUUUUUUUCUGCUGGAUGUGAAGAUGACUGAGACAGCUUCGUUGUCUUUUCCAGAAGCGAAGUAAGCAGAUAAAUGUAUUGCUGUGUGCAUGCGUGUUGUUCAGCUUACAGUGGGGAGGCCAUAAGAGGAAUCAGACAAUAAAAUAUACAGUUUUCUUUCAAAAAGCUCAAAACAAAGCUCUCAUAUCAAAGAAUAAAGUCUCUCAGUAAAGAAUAAAG